AGCGCGGGCAGAGCUUGGGCCCGGCGGCAGCACUCGCGGAGCGGCGGUGGCGGCAGCACUCGCGGAGCGGCGGUGGCGGCAGCGGGCAGCAGGCAUGACCAUGGCAGCGGCGGCGGUGGCCCGCGGGGCCGGAGCGAGGGCGGCGGCGGCUCUCCGGGGCGGCUGCGGAACCGCGGCCCGAGGGAGGCCGUGUGCGGGCCCCGCUCGGCCCUUGUGCACCGCACCCGGGACCGCCCCGGACAUGAAGGGCUACCUGUGGGAGCGCUACCGGGAGGCGAAGAGAAGCACAGACGAAUUGGUUCCUUCCAUUAUGAGCAACUUGUUGAAUCCAGAUGCCAUUUUCUCAAACAAUGAAAUGAGCCUGUCGGACAUCGAAAUCUAUGGCUUCGAUUAUGAUUACACCUUGGUGUUCUAUUCAAAGCACCUCCACACGCUGAUAUUUAAUGCUGCGCGGGACCUUCUCAUCAAUGAACACCGGUAUCCAGCAGAAAUCCGGAAGUAUGAGUACGACCCAAAUUUUGCAAUCCGUGGACUUCAUUAUGAUGUGCAGCGGGCAGUAUUAAUGAAGAUUGAUGCUUUUCAUUACAUCCAGCUGGGAACUGUCUACAGAGGCCUCAGUGUUGUCCCUGAUGAAGAAGUCAUUGAAAUGUACGAGGGGUCCCACGUGCCCUUGGAGCAGAUGAGCGACUUUUACGGAAAGAGCUCUCAUGGAAACACGAUGAAGCAGUUCAUGGACAUCUUCUCCCUGCCCGAGAUGACCCUUCUGUCCUGUGUGAAUGAAUACUUCCUCAAGAACAACAUUGAUUACGAGCCUGUGCAUCUGUACAAAGAUGUCAAGGAUUCAAUUCGAGAUGUCCACAUCAAAGGAAUAAUGUACAGAGCAAUUGAAGCAGACAUUGAAAAGUACAUCUGCUAUGCUGAGCAGACCCGCGCAGUGUUGGCCAAACUGGCUGAUCAUGGCAAGAAGAUGUUUCUCAUCACCAAUAGCCCCAGUAGCUUUGUGGACAAAGGGAUGAGGUAUAUCGUUGGGAAAGACUGGAGGGACCUGUUCGAUGUGGUCAUUGUUCAGGCUGAGAAGCCAAACUUCUUUAAUGACAAACGGAGGCCUUUCCGAAAGAUGAAUGAGAAAGGUGUCUUACUCUGGGAUAAAAUUCACAAGUUGCAGAAAGGCCAGAUUUAUAAGCAGGGUAAUUUAUAUGAGUUUUUGAAGCUUACUGGAUGGAGAGGAUCCAGAGUGUUGUAUUUUGGUGACCAUAUAUACAGUGACUUGGCGGAUUUGACCCUGAAGCACGGCUGGAGGACUGGUGCAAUCAUCCCAGAGUUGAGAUCUGAGCUCAGAAUCAUGAACACGGAGCAGUACAUUCAAACCGUGGCCUGGCUGCAGACCUUGACUGGGUUAUUGGAACAGAUGCAGGUUCACAGAGAUGCUGAGUCACAGCUGGUUUUGCAGGAGUGGAAAAAGGAAAGGAAGGAGAUGAGAGAAAUGACCAAGAGCUUCUUCAACGCCCAGUUUGGAAGCCUGUUCCGCACAGACCAGAACCCAACCUACUUCCUGAGGCGCCUGUCGCGCUUCGCUGACAUCUACAUGGCGUCCCUGAGCUGCCUUCUGAACUAUGACGUCAGCCACACUUUCUACCCUCGGAGGACUCCACUGCAGCACGAACUGCCCGCCAGGUCGGAAAGGCCCCCCACCUUCGGAGCCCCUCUCCUGCAGGAGGCCCAGGCCAAGUAGCUGAGGGCCCCCUGGGGCAAAAGCCAGAAACUGACGGCCCCUGAUUGGCAGGCAUGACGGGGUUGAUGCCAUGUGAGUCUGAGUGUUGCUUUUGGAAAAGAUACAGAUAUGCCUUUUGAUAUUUAUUUUGUACCUUAUGGAGAAUAAUUCUCCCAAUGGUUAAGAUGGGAGCUAGCUGCCGACCCCUCUGGCCUUCCCCGCCAUGCAGGGCUGAAAAGCAAGCUUCACAUUGGAACUCUAAUUUCACCUUUUUGUUUACGAAGGUCAUGAAACUGACGUCAGGUUUUCUGGGAUGGGCGAGACCACUGGAUGCCAUCUCUGCAUUCCAGCAGGUCAAGCUUGAAAUGCUUCUUGACUCCUCCAUGGAACAUUUCUUGAACAUGUAUGGGCAGUGUACUGGGGGCUGCAGGGGCACAGUGACGGGCAAAGAUUAGCUGCUUCCAGAAGGCUGAUUUAGUGGGCUCCACAAUGGCAAAAUGCUGCCGUGAGUUGCAGAGAGGCCCCCCACCUCCAGUGGUGGCCAGUUUCCAAAUCAUUGGAUACUAAGGCUUUGACAUUCUGGUACCUCUCAUCAAAGAGAAUACACCCUCCCUGGAAGGACUUACAUGAGAAAGAACAAGAGAACUUGCAGCUCCUGGACCUUCUAGUCCUCAGUAUAUGGUUCCUGUGUCCUUCCCAGUAGGGAGGUGGGCAGGAGAGAGGAGAUGAGAGCUCUGGUCAAAAUCGCCUUCUAGCUAGCGGAACAGCCUUCUGGAGAACAAGAUUGCAAGAAAUGAGUGGGUCUGAAGAACCAAAACAUUUGUGGUAGGUCUCCCAGGAGCAUGUAAAACCUGGACACACCACCAGGUUGGUUUCAUGUGUUCAUGGAAAGA